ACAGUUCCGUUGAUACGUUACAGUGACGCAGGCGUGUAUCUUGCUGUACUUCAGAAAGGAAAACUACAUUACAAUUUAUUAUGAUCAUUCUUCAGUGUUUUACUCUGCACGGAAUGGUUUCAUGGAUGAGGCCUGUCGCAUACGUUUAUGGUGCAGUAAAUACAGGGGCCACGGAUGAAGGGAAAAUUCAAGUCAACUAACUAACUAACUCCAUGGUUGCAGAUCCAACACCGACAACACCAAAGCCCGCCACCGGCCACGAUCCUGAACCAACUCAAUCUAUUCACCAUCCUGACAGCCCACCUCCCUAAGAUCCAUCUUAAUGUUAUCCUCCCAUCUCCUUCUUCGUUUGCCCAGUGGUCGUUGUCCAGAAGGAAAUCCCACCAAAGUUCUGUAUGUACCCCUUGCCUCCAUGUGUGCUACAUGUCCAGCCCAUCGGAGUCUCAUAAAUUUCACUACCCUUACUAUGCUAGGUGACCUGUACAAUGCAUGCAACUUCUCGUUAAAAAAAUCCCCACUUAUUUUGUCCGUCCUUGGUCCAGAUAUCCUCCUGAGAACCCUGUUUUCAAACACUUGUGAUUUACGUUCUUCCUUCAAGUUUCCGCUGUGGAUCGUAAUUCUGGCACAGCUGCUAGUGGCUCCUUGGAGUCAUGGUGCCAGGAUCCUUGGCGUGUUCCCGUUUCCAGCGAGAAGUCACGUGUUCGUCCUGAGGGCUCUAAUGUUGGAACUUGCCGACAGAGGGCACGAAGUGACUGUUGUUAGUCCUUACCCAGAAAGCAAACCUGUCCCUAACUACACAGAGAUAUACGUGACAGCUAAUUUAUCAGCUGUCACUGGAGGGCAUGUGCCAAGUAAUUUGUUCGACAUGAAGUCCUUUGGACUCUUCCAGUUGACAUUCAUGAUGUGGUUUAUGGGUGAAGCGUUGUGCGACCACGUACUGCAAAAUGACAACAUCCAGAAACUGAUUCAUUCUAAAGAUCUUCAUUUCGAUCUUGUGAUCGUUGAAGCCUUUAUUAACGAAUGUGUCUUAGGAUUCGCUCAUAAAUUUAACGCUCCCAUUAUACAAGUCUGCACAUACGGAGGAGGAAAUUUCAUGGCUGACUGGGUCGGAAGUCCUAAUCCUUACUCUUACGUCCCCGAUGAGUUCCUUCAUUACAAGGGUAAGAUGAAUUUCUGGGAAAGAAUGCACAAUACAGUCGUUGGUACACUAAAACACGUGGGCAGGCACCUGAUCCACGUGCCGAAACAAAAUGCCGUGAUGCAGAAAUAUUUCAACUAUACAGACAAAUUUCCACCCGUGUGGGAGCUGGAAUACAGAACGUCCUUGGUCCUUGUCAACUCGCAUUUCAGUCUCAGUUACCCGAAGCCUCUCUCGCCAAACUACGUGCAGGUUGGCGGAAUGCACGUGAAACCUCCGAAGAAGCUUCCACAGGAAUUACAGAAAUAUCUUGACGAAGCUCCACAUGGAGUAAUCUACUUUAGUAUGGGCUCAAACCUGGAAAGCUCUCAAAUGCCCGAGUCUAAGAGAAAUGCUAUUUUGGAAGCGUUUUCAAAGCUGAAGCAGCACGUGUUAUGGAAAUGGGAGACAGACACGUUGCCAGGACAACCAAAAAACGUAAGGCUCGGGAAAUGGCUGCCUCAAUCCGACAUUCUGGCUCAUCCUAACGUCAGACUGUUCAUUACACAUGGCGGACUGCAGAGCACGCUGGAAGCCAUCAUCAGGGGCGUGCCUGUAGUUGGAAUCCCGGUCUUCGCCGAUCAGAGUCUGAAUAUAGAGAGGGCUGUGGAAGCAGGCUACGGACUUAGGAUUGACUUCAAUAAUAUUACAACAGAAUCCUUAACUUGGGCUCUCCGAGAAAUAAUUGAAACUCCAAAGUACCGCGAGAACGCACAGCGUUUGUCUCAAAUCUUCCGGGACCAACCACUCACACCGCUGGAGCAAGCCGUGUUCUGGACGGAGUACGUGAUCAGGCACAAGGGAGCGCCUCACAUGCGUUCAGCUGCACUCGACCUCGCCUGGUACCAGUACUUCCUGCUAGAUGUCAUCGCUGCUUUAGCAUUUGCUGUCGGUUUCGUUGUAGUGAUCGUACUGCAGAUAUCCAGGGUUUUGCUGAGAAUUUUGUUCGGAAGAAAAGCAAACGAAGCAAACAGCAUAUCGAGAAUAAAGAAACAAAACUAAUUGGAUGUCAGCAAAGUCCAUUCGCCACUUUCGGAAUAUAAACUUGAUAAGUUGUGGGUCACGUUUUGAUGGCAGAUUCAACACUUCUUGUUAUUAGGACACUGGAGACGCUCUCAUUCAAGUUUUUAUAUUGGAAUGUGUGCUCUGGUUAAGUGUUUGUGGUUUUAAAGUAAAUAAUGGAAAUAUUGUGGUUAUAUAGUCAGUGUUGCAGUUAGCUACUAUUGCUAUUGCAUCAUUGUCGUCACUAGUUUGUGGUAUUUCGUUAAGACAGAAAUGAUAUUGAAACAAUUACCAACAUAAAAUAUAUCUCAACGCCUGAGAAAUGUAGGUAAAACGUUUGAAUACUGUGAUGUGAUAUAAAAUAUAUACUGUAAUGACUCGAAAUCUGGAAGGCUGAUGAAAGUAAUCAAUUGCCGUCUAAUACAAAUUCCAAGGUGGAAAUUAUUGCGGCCAGUACUUUAUAGAUUAGUUGAAAUUAAUGAAAGUCUCUAACAUAAAACAACCCUUAGUAUAUGAGAUCGUGAGGAUCUCACGGCUGUUAAAAUGUUGUUUGUGGCCUUCUGAGGUACAGUUGUAAAGCGCUGUGUAGCAUUGUAAGAGGUUAGGUUAGGCGUUUUAGGGUUGAAGUCUCAAAAUGAAGCUGAUUAAUUUUUCCAAAACGCUGGUAAUCACGAAAAAAUAUACGACGUUGCAAGCCAGAGAUAACUACGGACAACUUAGAGAACGUAUUUCAGGUUAUUUUAGUUUGAAGUUAAAAAGUGGCUUUAAUGCGAAGUAGGAUUUGAGGUUCUCACGGCGGAGAGUCUGAAGAUGUCUGCCAUUGUGAUGAGCCCUUAUGAUGGACGCAGCAAGGACCUCUGAAACGUCCGUAAACUUCUACCAGACUACACGGCGCAACAACCCAGAAGACGGCAAUCUUAAAUUACGCGAAGUGUUUUUGUAAGUUCGAUGCAAUUUUGUGCCGACAGAGCACUGUUCUGUUUUUGAAAGAAAUGAACGCUGCAGCGAUGUACAGUUGCGAAAUAAACCUGGUCCUAAUGUGUUGUU